CCAAACUACUUACGCACGCGUGCGCUCCUCUCCCGGUGCCGGGCUGAGCAAGUGGGGCAGCGAUGCCUCGCUAUGCCCAGCUGGUGAUGGGGCCUGCGGGGAGCGGGAAGAGCACUUACUGCUCCACCAUGGUCCAGCACUGCGAAGCGCUGAACCGUUCCGUGCAAGUGGUUAACCUGGAUCCGGCUGCAGAACACUUUGACUACGAUGUCAUGGCAGAUAUCCGUGAGUUGAUUGAAGUGGAUGACGUCAUGGAAGACCGUUCGCUACGGUUCGGCCCCAACGGCGGCCUGGUUUUUUGCAUGGAAUACUUUGCCAGUAACUUUGACUGGCUGGAAGAAUGCCUCGGCCACGUGGAAGAUGAUUAUAUUCUCUUCGAUUGCCCAGGUCAAAUUGAACUCUACACCCACUUACCGGUAAUGAAACAGUUUGUUGAACAGCUGCAACAAUGGGAAUUCCGGGUCUGUGGAGUCUUUCUCGUUGAUUCACAGUUCAUGGUGGAAUCCUUUAAGUUUAUCUCCGGUGCCAUGGCGGCCCUCAGUGCAAUGAUCUCCUUGGAGAUUCCCCAAGUCAACAUCAUGACAAAGAUGGACUUGCUAAGCAAGAAAGCCAAAGCAGAAAUUGAAAAGUACCUGGACCCUGACAUGUAUUCUACGCUGGAAGAUUCUACAGAUUUGCUCAAAAGCAAACGAUUUAAGAAGCUGACGAAAGCUAUCUGUGGGUUGAUUGACGACUACAGCAUGGUCCGGUUCUUGCCAUUCGAUCGCUCCGACGAGGAGAGCGUGAACAUCGUCCUGCAGCACAUUGACCUCGCCAUUCAAUACGGGGAAGAUCUGGAGUUCAAAGAGCCAAAGGAAACCGAAGAAGAUAAAACUUCUGCUUUUGAUGAAUAUUUCCAAGACCGAGUGGAUGAAUGAAGACUUCAGGAUUGGUUUCUUUUUUGUUUUAAAAAGACUAUAGGUUUUUCUAUGCAUUGUACUUUAAAAUAUGCAGACUGCUUGAUCAGUCUCCCGCAGAAAUUGAACAAUGCACUUCUUUCCCCCUUUGAAGAGUUUAAUGUAGAUAAAUGGAUAAUGACAUUUUGUACAGUUUUAUUCUUUGAAAAAGUUAGUCAUGAAGUCUGAGAAAUAAAUUAUUGCGCUACUA